UGAGAAGGCUUUUUACCACCACUCCUCCUCCUCUUCCUCCUCGAAGCAUUUUAAGUCUGCUGAAAUUGAACUGCUGCUUGCACACAGAAGAAACCAAGCAGGCAUUAGGAAGUUUAGCUAUAAACUCAAGAGUGAACGAACAUUUGCCUCCAGCUGGUUAGCAAGCCUUACUUCAUGCAGCAUGAAUCCUCGCCUCAGUACCUUGUUAUUUUCACUGCUACUUCUUCUAACCCUCAGAAUUCAGGAGCUGAUAGAAGCUUGCAGCUGCGCCCCUGCACAUCCUCAGCAACAAAUCUGCGAUUCUGCUUUAGUGAUUCGAGCAAAAAUUUCUAGUGAAAAAGUGAUUGCACCAAGUGAGGAUCCUCUUCAUACUCACAAAAUGAUCCGGUAUGAAAUCAAACAAAUAAAGAUGUUUAAAGGAUUUGAAAAACUGAAAGAUGUUCAGUUUGUCUACACACCUUUUGACUCAUCACUCUGUGGGGUGAAACUGGAAGCCAACAACAAGAAGCAAUAUCUCCUGACAGGACAAAUUUUGGAUGACGGCAAAGUUCUCAUCCAUUUGUGUAACUACAUUGAACCAUGGGAUGACCUUACUUUCUCUCAAAAGAAGAGUCUGAAUCAGAGAUAUCAAAUGGGCUGUGGCUGUAAAAUUUCAACCUGCUACAUGGUGCCCUGUUCAAUCACUACACCAAAUGAAUGCCUGUGGACAGACUGGCUGAUAGAGAGAAAGCUGUACGGGCAUCAAGCAAAGCACUAUGCCUGUAUUAAGCGCAGCGAUGGAACAUGCAGUUGGUAUCGUGGUGGUCCUCCUCCAGAGAAGGAGUUUGUUGACAUCAGUGAACCGUGAAUGAUGUAAUUUCUUCCAAAGCCCCAGAGGUCAUGUCCAUCCCAAGUUCAUGCACGCUCACUGCUGCUUUGAACUUCUGACAACUGUCUCUCGCAUAGAAACAAAAGAAAACUGUCCUGUGCCAAUAAAGUACAGAGUUCAUAGAAUUGGCAUCCAGACAAGAAGAGCAACGAGUCUCCAGGAGGUAGCUGCUCUCUACUGUUCUUUUUAUAAAGGGGUGCUAUGUGGGAAAACUGCUUUAUUUCUAAAAAUAGUAAUUUUGCUGUUUUUGUUUAUUGAAAAAAUCAAAAUGAAUGUACCCAUACAAAACAAGAUAUAUUAACAUUUGGACUACUAUUUUUGUUAACAAGAUGAAUUACAAAACAUCUUGUUUUAAUGCAAAAUGGUAUUUUGGUGGGUGUCAUGGGGUGAACACUAUUCUGUAUAGUCCUUUUUUUUGCAGUGUAAUGUUAUGAGACAAAAGAUCUUGCACAAUGUAUUUGUAAGACUAUAAUAGCCUUCUGUAAAAAGCGUGAAUGAUUAAUUUCCCAUGCUUCAAAUAAUGCAAGUUAACUGUUUGGUUGUGCGAGUAUCAUUUAAAAUAUUAUCUUUCACAUUUCUGUACACUAAAUACAUCUAAUUUAGACUUAUCUGAAUGAUUCAUCCAAAAGUAUAGCACAUCAAAUUAGCAUCAGAAGCAGAUCCAAUGUAGUGGCAUAUAAUGUAAAACAGAAAGUAAGGUCGGUUGUUGCAUUUCACUACCAGAAAAGUAAUAUUUAUCAAACAAAAAGAUUUAUUGUUUUAUUAUGUCAUUAUUAUCACCUUCCAGGAUCAGAAGGGAUAACAUUACAUACUAUCCCAGGUUCAAAAAACCCUAAAUCAAUAAAUAAAUCAAUAAAAAAAUUGGUGAAUUUCCAGCAAGAA